AUGGUCAAGAAAGCUAAUGGAAAGUGGAGGAUGUGUGUGGACUUCACCGACCUAAACGACGCUUUCCCAAAGGAUUGUUUCCCUCUUCCGAGGAUAGAUACACUAAUAGACGCCACUGCUGGUCAUGAGAUGCUAAGCUUUAUGGACGGCUUCAGUGGAUAUAAUCAGAUCCGGAUGGACAAGGACGACGUACCCAAGGUAUCAUUCAUUACUGACUUUGGUGUAUUCUGUUAUUUGGUUAUGGCGUUUGGACUUAAGAAUGCAGGGGCCACAUACCAACGUCUGGCAAACAAGAUGUUUAAACAUCUAAUAGGUAAGACUAUGGAAGUGUAUGUUGAUGAUAUGUUGGUGAAAAGCUUGAAUAAAGCGGAUCACCUUGAACACUUGAAAGAGGCUUUUGAAGUCCUAAGGACGCACAAGAUGAUGUUAAGCCCGACCAAGUGUGCCUUUGGGGUUGGUUCCGAGAAGUUCCUGGGUCUAAUGGUCUCCGAGCGCGGUAUUGAGGCCAACCCUGACAAAAUAAAAGCUAUCCUCGACAUGAAACCACCCAAGAAUGUAAGGGAUGUACACAAGUUAACAGGAAGGAUUGCAGCCUUGGGAAGAUUUGUAUCCAAGUCGGGGGACAAGUGCUUACCUUUCUUCAAAGCAUUAAAGAAGGUUAAGAACUUCGAAUGGACAGACGAGAGCCAAGUAGCCUUUGAAGAACUGAAAAAGUACAUGGCGGAGCCACCUCUCAUAUCGAAGCCUAUCGAUGGUGAGAUCUUGUAUGUAUACUUGGUUGUUUCGCAACAAGCACUGAGCGCUGUGUUAGUUCGAGAGGAGUUGAAAGUUCAGAAACCGGUGUACUAUGUGAGCAAGGUUCUGCAUGGAGCGGAGCUCAAUUACUCGGUGAUCGAAAAGUUUGCUUUGGCCAUGAUUACGGCCUCAAGAAUGUUGAGACCAUAUUUUCAGUCUCAUAAAAUAGAAGUCUUGACAGACCAACCUCUUCCUAACGUUAUACAUAGCCCGAAGGCUAGUGGAAGAUUAAUCAAAUGGGCAAUUGAGCUCGGGGAGUUUGAUAUCCGAUACAAGCCACGAACAGCGAUUAAGGCUCAAGCUUUAGCUGACUUCCUCGUUGAAUGUACCAUUAGCAAUGGGGAAGUCGGGGGACAGGAGGACAAGGUUGAAGACAAGGUUGAAGAACCCAAGGAACCUAAAGAAUAUUGGUUACUAUUUUUUGACGGGGCUUCAAAAACAAAAGGUAGUGGUGCAGGACUUGUGCUCCAAAGCCCUGAUGGCUUUAUUGUGGAAUAUGCUAUUAAGUUAGACUUCCGAACUACUAACAACGAAGCUGAAUAUGAGGCGUUGAUAGCAGGGCUUGGUCUAGCCAGAACCCUGAGGGUAAGGAACUUAAAAGUUUGUGGUGACUCGAAGCUCGUAGUCUUCCAAGUAACUGGUGAAUUUGAAGCUCGGGAAGACACAAUGCUUAGAUAUCUAAGGAUUGUAAAGACCCAAAUGGCACUAUUUGAAGAAUGUAUAGUAGAGUAUGUGCCAAGGGAAGAGAACACUAAGGCUGAUGCCUUGUCACAAUUUGCAUCUUCUGAUGAUGAGAUAUGCUCAGGAAGCGUUUAUUAUCAGGUUAUGAGAACCCCAAGCAUCGAAGCAAAGUUAGUUGCUCCAAUUGACACAGGAGCCACCUGGAUGGAUGAGAUCAAGUUGUAUCUAGAAAAUGGUCAUCUGCCACCCAAUGCCGAUGAAGCGCGAAAGUUACAGGUAAGGGCCCUCAAGUAUGUACUCAUUGAGGGAAUCCUAUACAGGAAGUCGUUUGUUAUCCCUUACUUAAGAUGUUUAAGGACGGAUGAAGCUCGGGAAGCCCUUAGAGAAGUUCAUGAAGGUGUAUGUGGCCAACACCUUGGAGGAAGGGCGCUAGCUCAUAAAGUCACCCGUCUUGGAUUUUAUUGGCCGGAUAUGCUUAAGCAUGCCCAAGAUUAUGUAAAGAAGUGUGAUCGCUGCCAAAGGUUCGCACCAAUAGUGCGACAACCCCUUGAGAUGUUGACAUCCAUUAAUACCCCUAUCCCUUUUGCCAUGUGGGGAAUGGAUAUUCUUGGACCAUUCCCACUUGCUAGUGCACAAAGGAAGUUCUUAUACAGAAUACCACGAAUCGUGGUGACAGACAAUGGGACCCAGUUCAACAAUGCUGAGUUUAAGAGUUAUUGUGAAGAUUACUCGAUUGAGUUACGAUUUACCUCGAUUGCCCAUCCUCAAGCUAAUGGACAGGCCGAGGUAGCUAACAGAAUAAUGCUUGAUGGACUGAAAAAGAGAGUUGAGAAAGCCCAGGGGUUAUGGGCCGAUGAAUUGCUAUCUAUACUUUGGGCGUAUCGAACAACUUGUAAAGUCUCUACUAGAGCAACCCCUUUCCAGUUAGCUUAUGGAGCUGAGGCAGUUGUGCCCCUUGAAAUCACCCACACUUCCUCGAUGGUCCAGCAUUAUGAGCCAGAAACCAAUGAAGAAGGCAUGAGACUUGCACUCGAUAUGAUUGAUGAAAUUCGUGAUGAAGCUCAUGCUAAGAUUGUGGAAAACCAGAAGCGAGCUUCCUACUACUACAACCUACGGGUUAAAGAACGAUACUUUCGAGAAAGAGAUCUAGUACUUAGAAAGGUUGAAGCUUCUGGAGUAGGCCCCAAGGGCAAGAUGGCUCCAAACUGGGAAGGCCUUUAUCAAGUCAAAGUUGUUACAGGCCAUGGCUCGUAUAAGCUUCAGAUCCUUGAAGGAAUCGAAGUCCCUAGGAGUUGGCAUGCGACCAACUUAAAAAUAUAUUAUAUUUGA